AUGACGGACAAGCUCCCCCCUCCGCUCCUCGCCCUCUUUCAGCCUCGUCCACCCUUGCGCUAUGUUACUCCCAUUGACCGUGCACCAGAGGACUGUAAGAAGAGUACACUCGGCGGUGUCGCACAAUAUCUCCCGGACUUGAAGGAGUAUGAAGAGGAGUACCCGUACAAUGCUACAGAGAGUUGGAUACAGCGCAAAUUACGACAGAAGCAGGAGAAGAAGGAAAACAUCGAGAAACACUUGACAGAAGGCAUUCAUACAUUCGACCCUUCAAACGACCCGCAAGCUCGUGGUGACCCCUUCAAGACACUUUUUGUAUCUCGUCUUAGUUACGAUGUCAAGGAGUCCGAUCUCGAAAGAGAGUUCGGCCGUUUUGGACCUAUUGAGCGGAUCCGUAUCGUCAAAGACACUGUAACUCCAAAGGGUUCGAAGAAACCGCACAGAGGAUACGCUUUUAUCGUUUACGAGCGCGAGAAAGACAUGAAAGCCGCUUACAAAGAGACGGAUGGCAUUCGUAUCAAGGACCGACGUGUCUUGGUUGACGUAGAACGUGGUCGCACCGUCAAGGGUUGGAAGCCUCGGCGCUUCGGCGGCGGUCUUGGAGGCCGUGGUUACACCAAAGCCUUGCCCUCGCGCCCUAUUGGUCCUGGAUCAUUCGGCGCUCCCUCUGGACCUGGAGGCUAUGGUGGUGGCUUCCGUGGUGGCUUUGGUGGUGGUAGAGGAAGGGGAGGCUUCCGUAACGAACGUUUCGGGGGUCCUCGUGGUGGUGUUGGAUACCAAGGAGGCCGCAAUGGAUUCGGCGGAGGCGGACAAGCUCCACCAAAUGCACCGUCUGGCCCUGGUGGUGGAAGGAGCGGUGGUUUUGGUGGCAGGUUUGGUGAUCGUGAUCGGGGCGCAACCGGAAGCAAUCGUGAACCCGUUAGGCCGAGAGAUGGCUUCUCCGACCGCGAUCGACGGGAUGACCGGGACCGCGAUGGUGGUGACCGGCACAGGGACCGCGACAGGGACAGCUACCGUUACCGGGACCGCGACCGCGAUCGUGAUCGUGGUGACCGAUACGGAGGCCGAGAGGACUAUGGACGCAAGCGAUAUCAUGAGGAUGAUUCAUACGAUGACCCUCGCGCCAAGAGAAGAUACUGA